AUGCAUCAACAUCCUCGUUCGCCGGCGCCUGUGGCGCCAACAUCUUCAACAAGGUCGACUCGUUCAACAGAUCACAGAGAACUAGACACCGGACCGAACUCUCCAGCUCUAGACGUUAGAAUGCACAGCAGUCGAGGCUUAGGGAUUGAGACCGGACCUGAAUACGAGCAGACACAGCGAAAUCCGCAACCCGCCAAAGAAGCACUGGGGAAGCUCAACCAGAUCAUAUCGAAUUAUCACACAAAAGCCGCACUGAUCAUAUUACAUUCGAGGGUCGAACUUCCGCCGUCCUUCAAUAAGGGUUCCGACACCCCAAGAGUGAAUCGUUGGUUCAAUGUCGAGAUCGAAGAUACAGAUAUUCUUAGGGAGCAACUGCGAACGUGGAGAACGAGUGAUGCAACCGAAAACCGGCCGCCACCGUUGGUUAUUGAAACAUAUUUGGACACCAAAGGCCUCACAAAUAACCAAAGCCUUGUCGUCUUGGAUGAAAAUGGGAAGAGAUGGGAUGUCCUCGAAGCUAUUGCUACUUCAGGACAGGCCCAUCCUGUAAGGCCAUUACAGUCAAAUUCUGACGAUGUCAUACUUGAGCGGUGGAGGGUCGAGCUGGGGCCGGCGUCUUCCAAGCCACCGGCUGAUCUUGGAUCCAUCCUACCAACCGUGUACAAGAAAAGCAUCGUCCUCUUUCGCUCAUUAUUCACGUACUCCAAAUUUCUUCCAGCUUGGAAAUUCGCAAAGCGUAACGGGAGGCUGCGCUCUAACCCCGCUUUACAGAUAAAGUAUAGAAUUUUGGAUGGGCGCACGGUUUCGGAACGCUCGAAAGCUGAUCACUUGACGGUUCCGCUGUACGAGGGGACCAACAAGGUGGUAGACACGUAUAGCUUUGGCGUGACAGACUCACCUGCAGGCCCUUUCUCGGUUCAAGUCACCUAUCGGAUCAACUGUGAUUUCCGGGUGGAUGAUUCGGAGGCUCUCCUGAGUUCCCGCUUCAUGGGGGCAGACGACGAAAUCUUUCGACCGUCGCUCCCAUCCAGGGAGACAAGUCGGAGGCCACCCGACCCGGAACCAGGGUCAGUACCAUUAACGAAAAGGACCGUUGAAGAUCCAGAUCCCAGCCGUGCUUAUGGCAGUCUAUCCACCUUCCACCAUGUUGGACCUACGACGAGUGCCAGUCCAUUAUCGGCUCUGAGAGCUGCGAGAGAAUCUGGAGCAUCGUCUCCCUCCCCGCCUGCUUCGGCGUCUCGAAGGCCUUUGUCAAUGGCCAGAAUCAAUCCUGCUGGGCGCGCUGCUGUUCUCGCUGGGGAAGGCACCCCUAGUGCUGUAAGAAGGCCCUCUAUUUCCUUUCAGCCAUUCAAGGCACCUCCUCUUUCUGCAUCUCCUUCACUUGUGGACCCACCUCUUGGUGUCUCCCCUCGCUCAGCGCCAGUAGCUCGUGCGUUGAAUUCCGAAUCCAAGAACAUGCCUCCUCCCUCAAUAGCAGCUUCGGGGCGCAAACCUGGGUCAGUUGUUCCCGAGGCUGCGAUUGCGUCGUCCAACUCAGCGUCCCCAAGACCUGCUCCUAUCGCGAGGUACAGUAGCGCUUUUAGUCACCGCCGGGGUAGACCUUCUUCUGGGGGGAUCAACAGGGUCGAGGAUGACGCUUCUAGCGGUAAAGCUAGCGCAGCAUCGCCUGGCGCUCAACCUGGCUCUGGGUUGCUCGCGGAGGUUACUGGGACGAGCGCAGACUCUCUGCAUGCUGAUGAUGAGAACAUUUCCGAUUUCUUGAAGAUGCUUGACCUACGGAAGGAUCUUUUAAAUCCCUCUAACACAUCUACCCUCGAUGCCACCGCCCGAAGGACUACUGCCACGAGUGCCGCUCUCAAUCGGUUUCAACGAAUGCGUGAAUCCAAUGCCGCGCUUUCGGAUUCAAUGUCGUCGUCAUUGCUACUGCAACGCUCGUCCAAUGCCUCGAGCAAGCAACUGUCGGGGGUCCCACCCAUGGUAGCUGGUGCAUCUGUGUCGACAGCGUCGUCACCUGGAAAGCCUAUAUCUCCUCACACCCCGCACACUCCCGCUAUACCUUCUCGACUCAGCUCCCACAGUAUUGUUGAGUAUAAUGAUCAUGGUAACACUGGCCAUAGAAUCACUCAUGAAGAUCUUUCCUCACUACCCGAGGGUACCACGGAUGAUGGUACGUCUCUGGUACAGCGACCUUCGACUGUCAAUGCUAUUGAUAUACCUACGUCUCCGCGAUUGUUUCCUCCCGCGUAUCGUCGUUCCAGCUCUGCUGCUCAGAACAGACGUUCGGUCGUGGCCGAUGAGGAGGAAAUAUUUCCGUUCAAUAUGCGUAGUGUUAGCCUCGGCGCGGAGGAAAGAACACAGAUUAGUCUGAGCGCGCUUCAUCAGCGACAUGAGUAUGAAAGUGCUGCUGCAGACUCCGGCCAACAGCAGCAGGAAAGCGAGCGUCCUCCAUCAUCAUCUAACGAAGGGGCAACCGCACCAUCAGGCCCAGUGCAUCGCGGAGUCAGCUCGCGAAGGGUUGCAACGACUUCUGAACAGACGGCAACAUCGUCUUCGUCUAACAAUCUCAACCUUUACCAACCGCGUGCAAGCCACUCGCGUGGCCGGGGAUCUUUUGGUGGCCCCCACUCACUGAGUUCUGGCUCAGGUAGCCUGGCUCGCGGUGGUGGCAUCCCGACCUAUCUUGAGCGUGAGACUGACCGUGAUGGCAACGCAAGCGGAAGCAACAGUGGUAAUUCAGCGAUGGAAGAACGUCGAGGGUCUGGACGGCGGACAAGUGCCGGCCGCAACUAUCCUCCACAUUCUGGGCAGAAUGACGAGGACGAACCUUUGUUGUUUGCCAUGAGUGAUUUUGGUGGCGUUUCUCGACGGAGCUUUGAAGACGGAAGACAUGGCAACCAUGGAGUUGACUCAAGUGGCCAUGCCAAUGGUUCAAGACGUGGCAGCGGCAGACGUAAUGGUGGCCUUCCAGGCUUUCAUGUGUGGUCUUGA